GGGGACACGCCGGGUUUAUAAAGCGUCCCCGUCCGCCGCUCGGUGCGAGAGGCGGCGGCUGCUGCCGGGAGCGGGACUCGAACCCUCGGCGCUCUCUGCGGGCCAUGGAGCUGCCCACGGCUGCCGGCACCGGCGGGGGCAACAGCACCUCCUGGGGCCCCCUGCCUGGAGCCAACGGCACGGAGCCAGCGCCAGCCAAGAACGCCACGUCCAUCCUCAUCGCCAUCGUCAUCACCGCGCUCUACUCCGUGGUGUGCGUGGUGGGGCUGCUGGGCAACGUCCUGGUCAUGUACGGCAUCGUCAGGUACACCAAGAUGAAGACAGCCACCAACAUCUACAUCUUCAACCUGGCCCUGGCAGACGCGCUGGCCACCAGCACCCUGCCCUUCCAGAGCGCCAAGUACCUGAUGGAGACCUGGCCCUUUGGGAAGCUGCUAUGCAAAGUCGUGCUCUCCAUUGACUACUACAACAUGUUCACUAGCAUCUUCACCCUCACCAUGAUGAGCGUGGACCGCUACGUCGCUGUGUGCCACCCGGUCAAGGCCUUGGAUUUCCGCACGCCAGCCAAGGCCAAGAUCAUCAAUGUCUGCAUCUGGGUGCUCUCCUCCCUCAUCGGGGUGCCCAUCAUGGCCAUGGCUGUCACUAAAUCAAAAGACGGAAUGGUGCUGUGCACGCUCCAGUUUCCCGACCCUCCCAUCUACUGGGACACUGUGACCAAGAUCUGCGUCUUCAUCUUUGCCUUCAUGGUCCCCAUCUUGGUCAUCACCAUCUGCUAUGGGCUGAUGAUUCUCCGCCUGAAGAGCGUCCGUCUCCUGUCGGGCUCCAAGGAGAAGGACCGCAACCUGCGGCGCAUCACACGCAUGGUGCUGGUGGUGGUGGCAGCCUUCAUCAUCUGCUGGACGCCCAUCCACAUCUUCGUCAUUGUCUGGACGCUGGUGGACAUCGACAAGAAGAACCCCUACGUGGUGGCCAGCCUGCACUUCUGCAUCGCCCUGGGUUACACCAACAGCAGCCUCAACCCCGUCCUUUAUGCUUUCCUGGAUGAGAACUUCAAGAGGUGCUUCCGAGAGUUCUGCCUCCCUUUCCGAGCCCGGCUGGACCAGAGCAGCUUCUCCCGGGCCAGGAACACCACACGGGAGCGCGUCUCCACGUGCACCCCUUCGGAAGCCCGCACCAGGCCGCUAUGACUAGACGUGGGCAGCCUCCAGCGGGGCUGCCGGGGCCAUGGAGGGGAUGACCUGCGCUCAGAAGUGACCCAGGUCACCACCACGGAGCUGUAGCAGAGCGCUGGCCCGGGGCCUGCCGCUGGGGCUGUGCUCACGCGGAGGGCGAGGGACUGGAAAGGGGUUUUCCAUCCCGGAGAAGCAGGGAUGAGGGAGUCAGGACUCAUGGAGUGAUGGAGGGGACCAACAGGAGACGCAACCUGGGCAGAGCUGCUCCCACCGCUGCCAGGGACAAUGUGCCAGCCCCAUAGACACAACAAGGGCCCAGGGCCCAAGCAUUCGGACACCGUGAUUGAAUACCUAUGAGUUUCUCUUCCUGCAUGGCCCACGAGGGCACCACAGCCCAUGGCAAGAGGGGAAACGCUCCCAUGGCCAAAGGGGACUGUGCCAGGGGUGAUGCCACAUCAUGAGGUCUCACUCCAUCCCCCUGGGUCCAAAAACCAUUCAGAGACAAGAGGAGAAGAGGAUGCCACUUCAGAGACCCUUAUCAAAGAGCUCCACAUCCAUAGGAAAACCAUUACUGGAGCUCUCCACGUUGGGACUGUCCCCAGAGGACAACUUUGUGCUGUUCAUGUCAUCACUGUAUUAUUCAGAGACCUCCGACUGCAGCCGGGGCAGCCCUAGAUACAGAUGUGAUGCUGGGAACAUGGAUAAGGGCAGGGCAUAAAGCAGGGCACAUCUUGGCUGAUGCCAAGUUUCCCAUGCCCAGCAUCCAUCAGGAUGACAGGGAACUGCUCCUCACCCAUCUGCCUCCAAAGCUGUUAAGGCUGAGAAUGAUCUCAUGAAGGCAGCAAGCUGGGGGGAUGUGAGGAGUGCUAAAGGAAUGAGGAAGGACCAACAGGACUGCACUGCCCAGGUCCCCUUUAGCAGGGCCAGAAAGGACAGGAUGUAGAAGAUGGGGGGACACAACAUCACCAUCAUUCCAUAAUCCCCCAAGCAGGGAUGGAGGUCAUGGAAGCACUGAGGGAGGAUCCACAGUCCACAGGAGGCAGAGGUUUGGGGGUUUUAUGCUCAGCACUUCCCUGGAUGGAAGACACAAGGCAGGAUCGGCUCCAGGGGGAAAUAGGGAGACCUCCCUUCAGCUCUCCACUUCCAGCUGGAGGCAAACCCCUCAGCAGCACGGAGCUGCACCGCAGCUGGGUAUCUCCAUUUAAAUCCCCAAUUCCUAUGAUCCUGAUUCAUGAUGUGAUGACCCCAGAUCACUGAUUUAACCCACCUCAGUGUCCCUUGGGAAUACUGACCCCAAGGCAAGCAAUGCCUGCAACCACAGCAACAGAGGUGCCCAGAGACACUGGGGGCCAGGAGAGGUGACCCCCAUCACCUGUGGAGAGGGCAUCUCCCUCCGUGCUGCAGCUUGGAGGGCACCCUGUGUGCCUGUGUCUGUACAUACCUGUAUAUCUCUGCCUGUAGCUGUCGGAAUGGACAUGAUGCCAGCUCACCCCUGUGUGUGAUGGAGCUUGGGAUCUCACUGAGUGGCAGGGGGCUUGGAGCUGCAUGAUCUUAAGGUCCUUUCCAACCAUAACUAUUCUAUGAUUCUAAGUGCUUUAGCCAAUGUUUCCAGCUCCAGCCCUUGUGAUUUUGGGGGUUUCGGUGUCAUUUCUGUCCAGGAACUGUGCUUUCUACAGCAAGGAAUCAAUAA